AUGGAUGAACUUAUUCCAGUUGUGAAUCGCCUGCAGGAUGUACUCGUUUCUCUCGGGGCGUCGUCAGCGGGCCCUGUCUUGGACCUGCCCCAAAUCGCCGUCGUUGGCGCUCAGAGCGUCGGAAAAUCUUCGGUUCUCGAGGCUCUCGUCGGUAGAAGUUUCCUUCCUCGAGGCACUGGAAUCGUCACGAGACGCCCGCUCAUUCUCCAGCUGCAAAAUGCGAAGGACAUCCCUGAAGAGUAUGGCGAGUUUCUGCACUGCCCGUCGCACAAAUUCACCGACUUUGAUGAAAUCCGGAAGGAAAUCGAGAGAGAAACCGAGCGCGUGGGCGGAAAGAAGAACAUUUCGCCGUCUCCAAUCGUCCUCAAGAUCUCCUCACCUCACGUCAUUGAUCUCACUCUCGUCGAUCUCCCCGGAAUCACCAAAGUGCCUGUCGGGGACCAGCCCACAGACAUCGAGGCUCAAAUUCGAAGAAUCGUUUUCCAGUUCAUUUCCGAGCCGUCGACAAUCAUCCUCGCCGUCACGGCCGCAAACACAGACAUCGCCAACUCAGACAGUUUGAAAAUUGCGAGAGAAGCCGACCCUGAAGGCGUUCGGACUGUGGGCGUCGUGACGAAGGUCGACACCCUGGAGGAGGGCGCAGAUUGCAGCGAGGUGUUGAGGAACAGAAUCAUUCCUCUCAAGAGAGGCUACGUGGGUGUCGUGUGUCGAGGCCAGCGCCACACAGCGGAGAAGAUGUCGAUCCGGGAGGGUCUGAAGGAAGAGGAGUCCUUCUUUCGCUCUCACCCCGCAUAUAGGGCGAUUGCGAGCAAGCAAGGAAUUCCGUUUUUGGCCAAGUUGUUAAAUCAAAUGUUGAUGAAGCACAUCCGCGAGGCGCUCCCAGAGCUGAGAAGCCGCAUUUCCCGUCUUCUGCAAAAGACGGAGGCGGAGCUCGCCACUUACGGCGACCCGCUUCUCGAGGCGAAGGCGAAUCCAGGCGCUCUUCUGCUGCAUUUCUUCUCGCGAUUUGCGAGGAACUUCCAGGACGCAAUCGAGGGAAAACUGCAGGCACACCAGUCCUCGGAGCACCUCAUGGGCGGGGCAAGGAUCAACUUCAUCUUCCACGACUGGUACAGUCGAGCGCUGGCCGAGUUCGAUCCUCUCGAAGGCCUCUCGGACCACGAGAUUCGCACGGCGAUUCGAAAUGCGACAGGUCCGAAGGCGGCGCUGUUUGUUCCCGAGGGAGCCUUUGAGAUCCUCGUGCGGCGCCAAAUUCAGCAACUCGAAACUCCCUCUCUGCAAUGUGUGGAGCAAGUCUACGAAGAGUUGCAAAAAAUCGUGGAAAAAUGCGAAUUGCCAGAGAUGGCCAGAUUUAGCAGCCUCCGAGAACGCGUGAUGGAUGUCGUCCGGGGCGUCUUGCGGCGGUGUCUCGCUCCCACAAAUCAAAUGAUUCACAACAUCAUUCAAAUUGAACUCGCCUACAUCAACACUAACCACCCCGACUUCAUGAACAACCGCUUCGGGCCUUCCUCUGGUCGCGAAUCGCCUUCUCUCGCUCCCUCCCAUCGGCGCCGACCCUCGGCGGAAACGCGUCAACCGUCGCGUUCGCACUCCGGCGGAUCGGGCAUGGGAAUUUCCGUCUUUGCUCCAGAAUCCGGCUCCAACUCAGCCGCUGCUCCAGGCCCUCCGCCCAGUCCCCUCCUCACUCCCCCGCCGCUCCUCUCGCAGGCGAAUCAAAUUGCGGCGGCAGCGGCUGACCCCCCGACUGAUCAAAUUGGAUGUGGAAUUUCUCUCCCGCAAGUUCCGUCAAUCGUCGCCCCUUCGGACGUACCGUCUGAACGCGAACAAAUCGAAACGGAUCUCAUCAAGAGCCUCAUCUGGUCCUACUUCCAAAUUGUCAGGAAAAAUGUGUCUGAUGCAGUUCCCAAGUCGAUUAUGUAUUUCAUGGUAAACACGGCGAAGGAUGUGCUACAGCGCGAGCUCGUUGCUCAGCUGUAUCGAGAAGAAUUGUUUGGUGAGCUAAUGAAGGAGGCAGACGACGUCGCAGAACGGCGCAUGCAGUGCAAGCAGCUUCUCAGAUCUCUGCGCGCGGCCGGAGAAGUUAUUUCGCACAUUCGCGACUUUUCCCUCUCGGACGGCGCCUCCUUCGCUUCCGACUGCCGAUGA